AUGGAAAUAGUUUGCGUACGAAAUAUAUUGGUAAGAGCGCUUACUUCACGAAAUCGUUUUACACUAUUUAUAAAGAACACGAGGCCUGCCACAGGGAGUGCAGCACAAGCGCCAGUUCCAUUAGAAAAGUUAUCUUCAAAAUCACCAGAAGACAAAAAACCAACUUCAACAUCCACAGAAGUCGAACAGUUCGAAAAUACUGGAGGGAUGUCCACGACCCUAGAAAAGAAGCAAGAAACAGAACCACAAGCUCCUUCUAUGAAUGAUGGCAAGGGGAUGGAGUUACCCCCUACCUCAGCUAUUGACCAAAAAUUCCAGCUACCAUUGGAACCAGGGAAAGCAUCCCCACUUCCACACCGAGACGGCGAAAAGGUGGUGUCGGAACGAAUCCUUCGGUUAGCAAACGAAAUAGUCAGUUUAACGAUUUUCGAAGUGGCAGAUCUGAAUAGCAUAUUGAAAAAGAAAUUGAAUUUGCCAGACGCUCACGUCUUUGCACAAUCUUUUGCCGCCUCAGGGACUACGCCUGCCGCAGAAGAAGAAGAGAAAUCGAUGAAAUCUCAAGCAUCGCAAAAGACAUUUUUCUCAGUGAAAUUAACGAAAGUGGAUAGUUCAAAGAAGAUCCCAUUAAUCAAAGAAAUCCGUACAACAGUUGAAGGUUUAAAUUUGGUACAGGCGAAGAAAUUUGUGGAAAUGUUGCCUGCUACAGUGAAGGAAGAUCUGAGUAAAGGUGAAGCUGAAGAACUGAAAGAAAAACUUGAAAAAUUAGGUGCUGUCUGUGAAAUUGUGUAA